AGUGUUCAUGAAUACUAAUCACAGAAAAAGGUCAAAGCUUUACAUUUCCUUUCCUCCUCCUCUUUCUUCUUAUUCUUCCUUCUUCUUCUUCCCAAAAGGUGCAUUUUGGGUUAUUUGCAGUGGGAAGAGGUCUGAAGGACCUGCGUGGAAAUAGCAACAAUUCAGCUGAAAAGGACCCCGCACCUAUAAAUCCAAAAUGUCAUGAAUCUCCCCGGCUUUAUGCUUUACCGGAGUUCUUUUGGGAUUGCGACAAACAUGGCGACGAAAUGAGGAGUAAUCGAGUGUAGAAAAACCCAAAAGGAUAUUUUCCAUUUCUAUGUGAUAAUAAUCUCAUAGAAUGGGUUGGUUGAGCAAGAUUUUUAAAGGUUCAAGCCAUAAAAUUUCACACGGGCGAUACCGUGGAAGAUCAAAUGAUGGCGGGGCUUGGAAUGAAACCUCAAAUUCUUUGCCGUUCUCAGGAUAUGAAAGUGAAGAUUUGGAUCAUGCUAUUGCACUUUCCCUUUUAGAGGAAGAGCAGAAAAAGGCAAAUGCUUCUGAAAUUGAAUUUAAUGUUGACGAAGAUGAACAGCUCGCUAGGGCUUUGCAAGAAAGCUUAAAUGCCGAAUCACCUCCGCGACAAAGUAUAGACUCGCCCCCUCGAAAAAGUAUAGAAUCUCCUUCACCAGAAAAUAUCGAAUCACCUCCCCGACAAAAUAUCGAAUCUCCUCCUCGACAAACUAUCGAAUCACCUCCUCGGCAAAACAUAGAAUCACCUCCUCGUCGAAAUGGGCCCAUCUAUCAGCCACCAUCUUUCUUCUUCCCCACGCAGUCCAGGGUUUGUGCUGGGUGCCAAAAUGAAAUUAGUUACGGACGAUUCCUCAGCUGUAUGGAUGCCGUUUGGCACCCGGAUUGUUUUCGAUGUUAUGCUUGUGAUCAACCAAUAACUGAUUAUGAGUUCUCUAUGCAUGGAGAUUACCCCUAUCACAAGUCUUGCUACCGGGAUCUGUAUCACCCAAAAUGUGAUGUUUGUAGACAAUUUAUUCCACCUAAUAUGAAUGGGCGCAUCGAGUACCUAGCGCAUCCAUUUUGGAUGCAAAAGUAUUGUCCUUCACAUGAGCGCGAUGGCACUCCGAGAUGCUGCAGUUGCGAAAGAAUGGAGGUUAGAGACACGAAAUAUGUUACGUUGGACGAUGGGCGGAAGCUGUGUCUCGAAUGUUUGAAUUCUGCAGUAAUGGAUACACAUGAGUGCCAACCUCUCUAUCUCGAUAUUCGGGAAUUUUUCGUAGGUUUAAACAUGAAAGUAGAUCAGGAGAUUCCAUUGCUUUUGGUUGAGAGACAAGCCCUGAAUGAAGCCAUGGAAGGAGAAAAACAAGGACACCAUCACCUUCCUGAAACUAGAGGUCUUUGCCUAUCAGAAGAGCAAGUUGUCAGCACAAUACUGCGGCGGCCAAGGUUUGGGUCAGAAUCUGAAGUGGUUGAGAUGAUUACAGAACCAUAUAGGCUUACCAGACAGUGUGAAGUAACAGCAAUUCUCAUUCUCUAUGGUUUACCAAGAUUACUGACAGGGUCUAUUCUUGCGCAUGAAAUGAUGCAUGCAUGGCUACGACUUCAAGGCUAUGGAGGCCUCAGUCCAGAAGUGGAAGAAGGCAUUUGUCAGGGUCUAGCUCACAUGUGGAUUGAAUCUGAAAUCAUGUCUGGCUCUGGGAGCGAUUUUGCUUCUUCUUCGUCGUCAACUUCCUCGUCCAAAAAGAGCUCAAGAUCGCAAUCCGAGAGAAAGCUCGGAGAAUUCUUCAAACGACAAAUCGAAGCAGAUUCUUCUCCUGUAUAUGGAGAUGGUUUUCGUGACGGAAAUGAGGCAGUGAUCAAGUAUGGUCUCAGGACUACUCUUGACCAUAUAAAGUUGACUAAAAAUUUUCCAUACUGAUUAUAUAAAAGCCUGAUUUUUUCUCUUCAUGUAAGUUCCAAAGCUCAGACUUUUGAGUUUUCCAUUCAGCAAUGACUGCAUAAACCAAAGUUAACAUAGAAAAAUGAUAUGUU